AUGACCGCACUCCUAGCCCAGGCGUCUGCCGAUUCCCGGCGCCUGCUGGCCAAGGAACCUGCAGCGGAGGACAAAAGCAAUUCAUGUUGCCAGGAUCUGGCCGCCAUUGGGUUUUCGAGCAACCUGCCGGUGGUGGUGCUGGACACGGGCGGCAAGAACAUCACGAACAAGGGUGGGGACGUGAAGGUGCGGGCCUGCACGUGCAGCGAUGGCGCCGGCUUCAAGGAAUACAAUGGCACCGGCGUGGCGUCCGUGCAUGGAUCCAGCAGUGCACUCUUCGACAAAAAGUCCUUCACGCUGCGACUGACACACAAGAAUGGCACCAAGAACAGUGCUUCCUUCCUCGGCAUGCCCAAGGGCAACGAGUGGGUGCUGUACGGCGGGGACGAGGUGGACCUGACCGACGGCAUGAGGGACUACGUGGCCUACAACCUGGCUCGUGCAUCGGGCGAGUACGCCACCCGCACCGUCUGGAUCGAGGUGUUUCUGGUGGUUGAGGGUAGACCCAUCGCCCCUUCCGACUACCAUGGCAUCUACAUCGGCGAGGAGCACAUAGGACGGGGAAAAGAUCGUGUCAAUGUGACCAAGUGGACCACCGCCGACCCGUCUGGCGGCUAUAUCUUCGCCUUCGACAACAACAACUAUGGGCCGACGGACCUCCUGACGGCGACCCUGCCCGGCUACGACUUCCCAUUUGUCAUCAAGUAUCCCAAGUCCAAGGUGCCCAGCGAGAACAAGCUGGCUUCCAGCUGGCUGUCAACGUACCUGCUGGACUUUAACACCGCCAUCCUGGCCGACGACUACCUGACAGCCAGCCCGGGGUACACCCAGUACAUUGAGGCGCCCACCUUCAUCGACUACUUCCUGCUGACAGAGGUGACCAAGAACCCCGACGGCUACAGGGACUCCAUCUACAUGCACAAGGAUGCCGGCAAGGGCAUCGCCAUGGGUCCCGCCUGGGACUUCAACGAGGCCUUUGGGGAGUGCUGUGGGUAUCCGCUGGAGGGCUACAAGCAGGGUGGAAAGAGCGGACCAGGCAUCGCCGGGGGUGGGUCCAUCUCUCCCAACGGCUGGCGCUUCCUGGUUUGCGAGGACCCGGAGCGGUGCAUCGUGGAGCCGACCGACGGGGUCAGCACAUGGUUCAGGCGCAUGUGGAACGACACCCGCUUCAGCGUGGCCGCGGCCGAGCGGUGGGCCGAGCUGCGGGCGGAUGCCUGGUCGGACGACGCCAUCUCCAGCCUCAUCAACAGCACGGCCAUCCACCCGGCCGUCACACGUGACUACAAGGUUUACUCCAAGGUCCUGCUCAAGUCCUGGUAUGCCUCCACCGAGGCCCAGUGGACCGCCGAGGUCCAGGACCUGGAGACCUGGCUCAUGCAGAGGCUGGGGUGGCUGGAUGCAGAGUUCAGUCUGGUGGCCUCUGGGAAGUAUGUGUACCCCACCAGCGACCUCAUCCUAGUGCCUGCCGGCGAGAACUUCCCCACCAUUGCUACCGCAAGUCUGGCUGGGUGA